GACUCGUCGUCACCUGGUAGUUAUUUUAAUCUCAUCGUUGCUGUUUUCGCGCUUCCGAAGGUCAAUCUCCCCGGUUACUCCGAUAUGGCGAUAGACGCCGUCCGGAGCUCCCCUGCCACCACUAUGACUAGCUUCUGGAGCUACAUGUGGAUUCCGACGCUGAUCAUCCUUUUGAGAUGUGUUGGAUCGGCUGACGCUCACUUCGGGAUUUUCAUGCCUAAUCAACGAUCGUCUUCCACUUGCCCCGCCCCAGACCCCGACCUCUACUACCGACCGGUCAUCGGGAUAGUCAGCCACCCGGGCGACGGCGACUCCGGAAGCUUCACAAACGCCACUAGUGCUUCUUAUAUUGCUGCCUCCUACGUCAAAUUCGUUGAAUCUGCCGGCGCGAGAGUUAUUCCCCUUAUUUACACCGAGCCUCCGGAAAAGCUUCUUAAGAAGCUCGACUUGGUGAAUGGAGUGCUAUUUACUGGUGGGUGGGCUAACAGUGGGCUAUAUUUCAAGACUAUUCGAGCGAUAUUCAAGAAAGUUCUGGAGAAAAAUGAUGGUGGAAACCAUUUCCCAUUAUAUGCUACCUGCUUAGGUUUUGAACUUAUAACAAUGAUCGUUAGUGAGGAUAACAAUAUUCUUGAAGAAGUUAGUGCAAGAAAUCAGGCAAGUACUCUCCAAUUUACAGAAAAUGCAACUAUUGAUGGAACAGUAUUUGAAAGAUUUCCUCCAGGCCUGUUAAAGAAGCUGACCACCGAUUGUCUUGUGAUGCAAAAUCACCAUUUGGGCAUAUCCCCGGGAAGAUUCCUGGACAAUAAAAAAUUGUCUAGGUUUUUUGAGUUAUUGACAACUUCCAAGGAUGAAAAUAACAAGGAUUAUGUAUCCACUGUACGUUCAUGGAACUAUCCUGUGACUGGCUUCCAAUGGCAUCCAGAGAAAAAUACUUUCGAGUGGGCCUCACCGAGAAUCCCACACACAGAGGAGGCCAUCCAAGUGACUCAAUACGCUGCAAACUUUUUGGUGAGUGAAGCUAGGAAAUCUAUUAACAGACCACCUGCUCAAGAAGUUCUGGACAAUCUCAUUUACAAUUACAUUCCCACUUAUAGUGGAAAGGCAGGGAGAGGAUUUGAUCAGGUUUAUAUCUUCACAUAGUCAUUUCAAUUUCUCGGAGGAGGAGCCAACAGACUUUAGUUGGAGUAAUUCAUGCUUUAAGUAAAUAUCAUCAUUUUUGGAUUACCAUUCUGCCCAUUUAUAUGAUUUGGGUUUGCUCGAAUUCCGAUGCUCUAAGCUCCUCUGCAGCGGUGGCGUUGCAUGCUCGAAGAUGGCGGGUAAAUAGAUAAAUCACUUUUACCGUGAUGUAGCAUGAUUAGUAGGGAAUAUUGUCGCUCAGAUCAGCUCGAACUGGGAUUUAAUCUAGCAUCUGUAAAUUGUAACAUCUAAGAUGGGUCUUACCUAAUACUAUAGAAUUAAUAUGUGAGAUGAAGAGGAUUUAAAUUUUAUAGUCUGGCCUGCUUGAAAUUUUAUGAACCGUGUCAUGAGGAGAGGUUCCAUAGAAAGUUUGGUCAAGUGUCUCCGUAUUUUGAUAAUUAUUAUGGAGAUUUCUGCCUUGAUCGCCCAA